AUGGCCCAAGAAUUGAAGAUUGUCGUAAUUGAUUACCAGUCCGGUAACCUGAGAAGUGUGGCCAAGGCUUUGGAAGCGGUAGGCGCAAGCCCGGUGGUUACAGAGGACGCUUCUCAAAUAGAAUCUGCCGACGCAGUUAUUUUGCCUGGCGUAGGCUCCGGCCCGGCGGCCAUGCGGGCCCUGGAAACUCGGGGGCUGGUAAAGCCAAUCAAGCAGUAUGUGGCGGGCGGACGACCCUUCCUGGGAGUCUGCCUGGGACUGCAGCUGCUCCUGGAAAGGACCGACGAAGGCGACGCUCCCUGUCUCGGUAUUGUUCCUGGUCAAGUCCGGCGCCUGCCUGGCGGAAUGAAGGUUCCCCACAUGGGUUGGAACAGCGUCGAUUUUGAGUUCGAUCACCCGGUGUUCCGGGGAAUUCCCCCUGCCAGCCACUUUUACUUUGUCCACAGCUACUAUGCCGAUCCCGACAAGAAUGCAGGAGUAGCUGGUACGACCACAUAUGGCAUUCCCUUUUGCAGCGCAUUCGCCCGGGACAACCUGGUAGCAACCCAAUUCCAUCCCGAAAAGAGCGGCACGGUAGGGUUGCGAAUUUACCGAAACUUCCUGGAGUUUGCCGGUAACUACUCGGCCUGA